AUGAAGGGGCCAUUCCCUGGUCAACUAUUGACUGCUGUGGCUAUGGAUCCCAAUAAUGGGAUCUACCCACUGGCAUAUGCUAUAGCUGAGGCAGAGUCAAAAGAUUCCUGGACAUGGUUCUUGGAUCUUUUAAGGGAUGAUCUUGAAUUACCUGUGAAUGCCAAUUUCAUUUUCAUCUCAGAUAGGCAGAAAGGAAUCAUCCCAGCCAUUGCUGCUGUCUUCCCUAGUGUAGAACACAGAUAUUGUGUUAGACACAUUCAUCAGAAUUUCAGGUUACAAUGGAGGGGAAAGGCAUACAAGGACAUGUUGUGGGCCAUAGCUACAGCCACUACAGUUCAGCAGUUCCAAGACAAAAUGGAGGAAAUGAGAUUGAUGAACCCUGAUGCUCAUCACUAUCUAAGCCAAAUUCCAGCAGUUCAUUGGACAAGAAGUCACUUUUCAGGUAGGGCUAAGACUGAGGUGUUGUUAAAUAAUUUGUGUGAGGUGUUUAAUGCAAGAUUGGUGGAUGGUAGGGAUAAGCCCAUUAUCCGUGCUCUUGAAUAUGUUAGAGAGUAUUGCAUGAAAAGGAUUGUCAAUGUGCUGAAGGUUAUUGCUAAGACUGAUGGUGUGUUGACUCCAAAAGCUGCUGAGCAUUUUGAGCUUGUCAAAAAACAUGCAACCAAUUUAAUUGUGCAGUGGAAUGGUGGUCCUAAGUAUCAAGUUAGUUGUAAUUUGGGUGAAAGAUAUGGAGAGCAGUUUGUUGUGGAUGUCAUUGAGAGGACCUGCACAUGCAGGAAAUGGGAAAUAAGGGGCAUGCCUUGUACACAUGUUGUUGCCACCAACUGGGAUAUGGCUGCAAAUGGUUUGAAGGUUGACAUACCAGAGAGAUGGGUGGAUGAGUGCUAUUGGUUGUCUACAUGGAAGAAGGUAUACUCUUACAAAAUAGGCCCAAUCAAUGGAAGAAGCAUGUGGCCUAGGGCACGUUGUAGUACAAAACUCCUUGAACCAAUGUACCACAAACCUGUUGGCAGACCAAGGAAGAUGAGAAGAAAGGAUGAAAUGGAGAAGGAAGAUAGCAUGGUUAAAGAUGGCAAGUUGAGUAGGAAAUGGAAGAAAGUGACAUGUGGAAGCUGUGGAGGAAAAGGUCACAAUAAAAGAAGGUGCACCGGACAAGGCUCAACUGCUGCUCAAUCUAGUUAA